CGACCAUGACUCCUCUGGAGACUCCUCAGCAGCAGGUGGUCCUCCUCAGCAGCAAGCCAUCUGUUAUCACACAGAAAGUGCAGUUAACAUACAAGCUGUUUUUGCUGGAAAAUGCCCGGAAUACACUACAACAAGAACUGAACAACUUCACCAACAAGGCCUAUGAAGAGGUUCAAGGUUUCCUCAAUUCAUCUAUUCCCACCAGUGUUUUCAGUGAUCUUUCAAUGACUUUGGAUUCAAAAUGUCGUGCUGUUGACGAGCUCUCGGCUUCAUUAAAGGAUCUCACAUUCAAGUCACAAGUUUGUGGCAAGAGUGGUGGAACAACAGACCAACUGAAGCGAUUCAAAAACAGAGGGAUCAAAAAGACAGAUGUUCUGAAGUUUGGGCCCAUGUUGCAGAACUCGUUCAUGGCCAGCUCCAUAGCCAAAGCAGUCCAGGUGCUUGGAGACACACUGUCCCCGCAGCAGUUCAAACAUUUCCUCAUUUCCCAGCCUGCUGCGGUCCAGCAGGAUGACAUGAUAUGCAGCGUGUCGUCCAGCGGUAACGGCACAGUUGCGACUGCAAGUUCAUCCUCUAACUUGAAAGCAGAAGAAAAAGAAAAAGCAGUUGUUUUUGAGGAGAAACAGUCACCAGAUGCUGUGAUUCUUGCACCUGCUGCUAUACACAGUCCCCAGAUUAGCGCUGAGAGACUGCCCCUUCUACUACCUCCCAUACAGGCUAUUCUCCCAGAGAUCAGUAACUCUAAACCAACGAAAACAACACGGCUAAUGAGCUGGGGAUGUGAGGAAGAUGUCCAGGUGCAACACCAAAAACAAACAUCCUCUCAGCUGCUGCACUUCCUCAGAGCCAAAGGUAAAAACAUGGGUGCACUAGAGGUCACAGUCAUGGAGUGGAGGGAAAGCAUGAGCGCUUCAAGCUCUCCGCUGUCGAUGUCGCCAACAAUCAAAACACAAAGCUACCAGUUCAGACAGGUUGUGACAGAUGAGCUGAUCAAUGCACUGGCUCCAAAAUCGCUGCUCACAGACAUUGAUGACCAUGCACCAGUCUUCAGAGUGAAGAGAGUGGAGUCAAGUGGCUCUCUGACCUACACUUGUGUGAUUGCAACAAAGACUGAACUGUGGGAUAUCGGAGACAUCUUCACAGGGCUGGGACAGGGGGGCUCUGAAAUUCAACCCUUUAAAAAUGAAAAUUGUGGAGCUAUAAUGUCCCAGGUGGAGGAUUCCUGUGUUAACAUCGAUUUGAAAACCCAGACUGACAAUUGCACAGAACCUGAACGUGAGAGAAAUCCUAAUGCUGUAAGAAGGCCAGCCGUCAACGGUACUACAAUGCCUGAAUUCCAGACACGGAGAUUUGAAGAGACUGAAGUUGUGGUGUCUCAUAUUGUCAGCCCGGGCAACUUCUACAUCCAACAUGCUGACUGUAUCACAAAGCUGCAGGCCCUUAUCACAGACAGCUGGAAAGCUAGUAGUUCAUAUGCCGAGCAGAACUUCAUUCCAGACAUUGGAACUCGGGUAAUGGGCUGGUUCCCUAAGCAGGAACAAUGGUGCAGGGCUCAGGUCACCAAGAUAUGUGGUGUGAGUGGAGAUAAUAAUGCCACUGAUGGUGCUGGGAGUGGGACAUCCAUCAAGGUGGAGGUGAGGCGGCUGGACUAUGGUGACACUGCUUGCCUGUCACUGUUGAACAUCAAGGAGCUGACCCCUGAUAUGACUGCGCUACCACUUCAGGCUGUACAGGUCUCACUUUCAAAUGUGACGCCUUUGAAUGGGAGUGAUUGGUCGGAGGAAGCGGCGGGCUGGUUCCAAGCAAUGGUUCACAACAGGACGCUUUAUGCCAGGCUCUACCCACAGGGGCCCGAAGUCACAGUCGAGCUGUUCCUGGAAAAAGGAAAGCUUGGGGCCAUGAGGAGGGGAGCAUCGCUGUCUCUGCGGCUGGCCCAGAACGGACAUGCAAAACAUACAAAAAUGAAAAAUGUUGCCCCAUUGACAAAAAGCGCAGCUCAUAUGAAAAUCAAGAAACAGGACUCUGAGUGGGAGAAAUACCUCAUCUCAUGCUACACUCAAAACAGGAUAUCUUUGGACCCGGCGCUGCUUACGCCGCUUGCACCGCCGGCUGAGCCUGACCUGGAGUCCAAAAUGAACUGGGGAUCCUUUUAUGCCGUGAUCAGUGGCGUAAACAGGCACUCUACGGGCAUCGGACGUGUUUGGCUUUCCGUCAUCUUCAUCUUCCGUAUACUGGUCCUGGUGGUCGCAGCUGAGAGUGUUUGGGGAGACGAGAAGUCCGGCUUCACCUGCAACACCCAGCAACCCGGCUGCAACAGCGUCUGUUACGACCAGUUUUUCCCCAUUUCGCACAUCCGCCUGUGGGCUCUCCAGCUCAUCCUGGUCUCCACCCCCGCCCUGCUGGUGGCCAUGCAUGUUGCCCACCGACGCCACAUCGACAAGAAGCUCAUGAAGAGGGCUGGACGCAGCAGCCCCAAGGAGCUUGAACAAAUCAAGAACCAGAAGUUUCAGAUCAUCGGAGCGCUGUGGUGGACUUACAUGAUCAGUAUUAUCUUCAGAGUCGUCUUCGAGGUGGCUUUUCUCUACAUCUUCUACUCCAUCUACCCUGACUUUAAGAUGUUCCGUUUGGUGAAGUGUGACUCGUACCCGUGCCCCAACACGGUGGACUGUUUUGUGUCUCGACCAACAGAAAAGACCAUUUUCACUGUGUUCAUGCUGGCAGUGUCUGGGGUGUGUGUGCUGCUAAAUGUGGCAGAGGUGCUGUACCUCAUAGGCAGGGCCUGCAAACGCUGCUUAGGGGGCUCGGAGGAUGAGUCCAAGGGAGCCUGGAUAAGUCAAAGAUUGUCUUCUCACAGGCAAAAUGAAAUCAAUCAGCUGAUAGCAGACCAUUCUCUCAAGUCCAAGUUCACUGUGACCAAAAAGAGCCCGACUGAGAAGGGUGAAAGGUGUUCUGCUUUCUGAGACUCUCCAGUUCCCUUUAAACUAACCGACAGUAAUCACACACGUCCCUGAAACAGUUUGCUUUGUCACCGUGUACUGUAUAUAAGAUCAGCAUACAUCUAUUUAUCAUCCAGUCAAUCCCUUAUUGAUGCAUCUUUUCUGUUUUGUUUUCUGACACUAGCUGCUGGCAAAACUCAUCUAAACUAUUUGGAGCCAGUUAUGAAGGUUAAAGGACCAUACCCGUGUUUUUGCUGAUGUUGUGCCACAUUUACUAAAAACAUACAGAGUUGCUGCUGUCAACACUUUGCCAGUGAGUGGUUUCAUCUGAACGUAGUAUGAGAAGCAACUUUGUCAAGGCACAACCUAUCUUUAGCUAAAGAACAUACUGUAAAAUAAUGAUAAUGCGAUUAUUUCUUGACACUACAGUUAAAAUAUCCACUUU